AUGGCCCAUACUAAGAAAGGAAAGAAUCCAUAUGCGGCUGAGACGGAAGCACGAUCUCAAUUUGGAAUUAUAGAUUUUAUCCGAAUUGUAGGAGGAUUAAUCCUUUUGAAUGCAUUCCUUUCAUGGUGGUUUACCUCUACUUCAUUAUGGGGCUAUGAAGGGAAAUGGCUGAAUAUUCGAUAUAUUAAUUUUAAAUUAUCUCCAUUAAGUCAAUAUGUUAAUUUUACUACGGAAGAAUUAUCUAUAUAUAAUGGAUCUAAUAUUAAAUUACCAAUUUAUGUUGCAGUUAAUGGUAGUGUAUAUGACGUAACUAGUUCACCAGCAAUUUAUGGUCCAAAGGGUACUUAUCAUAAACUUAGUGGUAAAGAUUGUGCUCGAGUAUUUGUUACUGGAUGUUUUCAAAAUGAUAAUGAAUUUACUUAUGAUCUUAGAGGGUUAGAUGAAAUAGAAGUCGAACAUGAUUUAAAUCAAUGGAAACAUUUCUUUGAAGAUAGUAAUAAAUAUUGGUAUGUAGGAAAAGUUCAUCAUCAACCAGUACAUGGUGAACCUCCUGCACCUUGUGAUCAUAUUAAGUUUCCAGGAUACCAUAAUCGAGGUAAUAACAAUAAGAAAAAAGGUUGA